GAGUGUGUAGUGCGUCACAUUAUACAAAUGGUGGACGCACACACACACGUUCUGGUGGCUCAGUCUCAACUUUAAUGCAGACUUUCUUCAAUGGAAUGGAUGAUGAUCAGGGAGUGUGUCGCGCUCACACUUUCACACAAGCCCUGUUUCUCCUCCUGAGUGUGGUUUUGUCCGAACUAUCUCACCCUGAAGCCAAACCUGUCGACUUUGUGUGCGUCAGCGAGGCGAGGAAGGUCAUGAACAGGGUCAAGGAUCUGCAGGACGAGCUGGUCCAGUGUAGCACUGCAGCACUUCUCCCUGCUCCAGUCCGUAUUUCCUCCAUCAGGGUGAACAUGAGCUGGAAAAGUAAACCUAUCCCAGAGCGCAGAGCUGAGAUCCUGCAGUCUUUGCGGAUGUUAGCGCAGGAUAUUCAGCACGCCAGGAACGGAAGCCAAGUCGAAUGUGCUCUCGAGCUGCUGAGCCACUUCGAGCACAACAUCAACAACUACAUACACACACUCACACAGCUCCACAACCAGAGUGGAUCGGAUGAGUCAAAACGUCCGGACUCUUCUGCUCAGCCCAUCUCGCAGAAUCUAAGCACGGUUCUUCAACACUUCGACCGUCUGAUCUCCAGAAAGCUGGAAUGGCUUGUUAGUGAAAUGGCAGCGGAGUGUGAGACAAAGUGAGACACCAGGGACAGGAACACAGAAGGUCAGACACUUGAUAGGACGCCUACUGAGGGUGUGUGGAAAUCUGGAGAUGGAGCGCCAUCUACUGGUGAAAGAUUCCACUCUUUCCUUGGGCACUUACUGAGUCCAGGCGGAUGUUACGAGGACACAUAGAAGACUUUAAAUGGACCUGAGCGAACCACCUUCUUCUGGACCUUAAAUAUAAUCUAAAUAUCAAAAGCAUUUUAUUUUUAUACAGAGAGUUUGUAUUUUCUUUAACGUCAUUAAAACACUCCUUUGUAAUAA